UUUUAUCAAUGUACUUGCGAUAUUUAUGGUUACUUGUCGUGAGUAGUGUAGUCUAAUGACUUCCGCUUUCGAAUUGUGAAACGCUUUUCGGCCGUUAGAAAUUAUUAGGCAGAAAUCUGUAUUCAUCUAGUUUUUCAGACAAACAUUCUUCAGGAUGGAUAUUAGACCAAACCACACUAUCUACAUCAACAACUUGAAUGAGAAAAUCAAGAAAGAUGAACUCAAGAAGUCCCUGUAUGCCAUAUUUUCCCAGUUUGGACAGAUCCUUGACAUUGUUGCGAUGAAGACGUUGAAGAUGCGAGGGCAGGCCUUCGUAAUUUUCAAAGACAUCAACAGCAGCACAAAUGCCCUCCGCUCCAUGCAGGGAUUUCCAUUUUAUGACAAGCCAAUGAGAAUUCAGUAUUCUAAGAAAGAUUCCGAUAUGGUCGCCAAGAUGAAAGGCACGUUUGUAGAGAGGCCUAAGAAACAGAAGAAAGACGAAGAGCCACAAGAACUCAAGAAAAGAAAGCGUGGACAGGCAAAUGCUGCAAGGGAGAAGUUGGCCAAGGAGCAAGCCCGACAGCCUCUGCAGCCAGUGGUACAGCAACCCAUGGACGGAGCAGGUGUCCCAGCUGUGGGUGGUCCUGUGGCUCCUACCAGCAUGCCUGAGCAGCCCCCCAACCAGAUCCUCUUCCUCACCAACCUGCCAGAGGAGACCAAUGAGAUGAUGCUCUCCAUGCUCUUCAACCAGUUCCCAGGUUUCAAGGAGGUGCGUCUGGUUCCUGGCAGACACGACAUAGCCUUCGUGGAGUUUGAGACAGAGACCCAGUCAGCAGCCGCCAAGGACGCACUGCAGGGAUUCAAGAUCACACCAUCUAAUGCCAUGAAGAUCUCAUUUGCUAAGAAAUAAUGGAAUCUUUAAAAAAAAUAUAUAAAAUGUCAUUUGAUUGUUUUUUUAGGACUUAUUCUUUUCGUUCAUUUUGGCAUUUUAAAAUUUCUUUUGUUUGAAUCUUCAAAGUUUUUUUAUUUGCAUCUUUUUAAAACUUUACAAGUUUUCUGACUCUUUAUGAUUGACAUGCCUCAAAAAGUUAAAAUUAGUUGUAGAAGUCAGGGCUUUUUUCUUGAUUUGGGGAAAGGGCCUGGCCUUCCAUUUUAGUUAAUUUUUUUCCACAAAACUUAAAAGGGGGAAUUAAAUACAAAAGUAAGCUUGACAUUUGGAGAAAACUGCACCAUUUUAAAGAAAUUCUCUUAGGGGAAAGGCCUCUCUUGGAGGAAGGUGCCUAUAUACCGUAAGGCCCUUGCUCAAGAAAGAAAAAAACCUGGAAGUUUUUUGGAUCAGAAAAUUAAAAAGUAUUGUAAGUACUGUAUUAAGUACAUCUCAAAGGUGAAAUUAUUUCUUAGCAAAAAAAAUGCGUUUAUGUAUUUUCAUGAUCAUAACAUUUUGUUGGUAUCAUGUUAAGUAUUUGAUUGUUUGCAAGUGACCAGACCAUUGCACUUAGGAGCUGCAUAACAAACCCAAUCUAGCGUGCCAGUAACUUCUCAGUUUGGAAGGCAAACCACUUUGUCUUCAAGAGUAGGGCUACAUGUACGAACCAUGCAAAUGAUUACAUGUUGAAGAUAAACUUUUCUUUGAAUGCCAGAAUAACAAUGAACGCCAAUGAGUCCAGUUAAAUCUUUCAAAACAUUUCAUGGCUGGAUCUAGACGGCUUUUUAAUGGUCUCAUUUUAACAACCUUCUUUAUGCCAUGAAAGAUUUGCUUUUAUGGAUUUUUAACUGAAACACAGCUGGGAUCCGGUUGUAUAUUUAUAAAAUAAUUAUGCCCUAUUAAUUGAAUGAACUUGAAGAGUCAAUACUCUUUGCAAAUCAUCAAUAAAUGGGACUGGAUGUUAAUGUUUCGGACAUUCAUAUAUGUAUCAGUUUUGAGCUCUCUAGAUUGUCUUGGGCGCUCCUUGGUCACUUUGACUUGCAGUUUCAUUGUACUUGUUUCAUAUCAUGCAAGUGGAUCUUUUUUAUAGACGUAUACAGUACUUCAUAACACACCCAUUAAAUUUAUGAGAAAUAACUUGUGAUUUCGCAUAGGAAUGUUUUGCAUCUGAAUACAACUUGUAUUUCUUAUAUUACAAUGGCGUGUAAUGUACACACUAGUCAGUAUGGUAAGUUUAAAUAAUAACUAUUUUCUGUGUAUUUCUUUUCACUUCGUUUGACAUCUCUAUGAUAUACUUUUAAGUUGUACAUAAAAAGAUGUAUAACAUCGUGCCCAUUGCACGUUAGGGGUUAUCUACCCAUUGCACUAACGGGGCUGGCUUGUAUGUAAAAUUCCGUUACAGGCCCCGCAAUGGGUAAGUAAUAAACAUAGCGUGUUAAGAAUGCUAACUGUAUGUGUGAAGUAAUUCAAAUAAAGUAGAGAUUGA